AUGUUUAUGAUUAUGAUGUUAAAUAAAUUGAUAUUCAAAUAUGUAGUUGAUAUUUCAAGUAUUAAUGGUAGACUUCAUUAUAAAUGGGAUAGAGUAACCAUUCUACCAGAGGUGUUAGCUGCUCACGGAUAUAUCGAUCAAUUGAAAUCUAUUUCAGCGAUAGAACCAAACCUAUCAAUUACAAUAGCUAUCCAGUGCAAAUUGAAAGAGCAUUCUGAUCAACCUCGAUCUGAAAUCGAUGGAAAUGUGUUUAAUGAAGUUGCUUACUACGGUGAUAUAGGAAUAAUCAAAUGGUUAGCAGAGAAUCGAUCCGAAGAUUUGGCGAGUUCCGAUAUGUUUUAUUCUGGUUUCGCUGCAAAUCAUCAACAUAUCCUAGAAUAUGUGUUGUUUUUACAUAACAAUUUGUUUGACCAAAGUAAACCACAAUACAUAUCUUCAACAAUAAAAUAUCCAAAUAGAUUCACGCUAUUCAAAUUUAUCUAUGGUGUUGGAUGUGUAUGCCCAGACAAUGUAAUGGAUUUAGCAGCUAUGUCAAGCAAUUUCGAUGCCAUGAAAUGGUUACAUUCCAAUACAACACAUAGAAGUACAUCGAAAUCUCUUAAUUUCGCAGCACAGGCAAAUCGUUUUUAUAUUAUUACAUGGUUGAAAGAGAGUUGUAAUCUUAAUUACACUGUCGAGAUGAUGGAUACAGCUGUUGGUGCGGGCCAUAUAGAAUUGGUGAAAUGGUUAAAUGUGAAUAGUACAGAAGGAUGUUCAGUAGCAGCAAUGAACAUAGCCGCCAUUAACUCUAACUUGGAAAUGGUUAAUUGGCUGAAAGAGAAUCGUACAGAAGGUCAUUCACACGGACAGAUAUUGGAUGUCGUAGCAUCGGCUGGCGACGUGGCAAUGCUUUAG